UUGAACCGGUGAGCCUCUCCUGAUCAGCACCGUUGCAUAUAAAGAGCUCUUCAACAGGGGAAUAAAGCAGGGAUAAAAGUAGAUUUGGAAAAAGGGAACAGUGAAGGAAAGUAAGGACAGUCAGGUUGUUCAGGACUACUGAAAGCUGAAGAUUUAAAGGUACACUCACUCUGGCAAUGGUGGGGAGGCUCAAUUUGCGCAAUGUGUGUGACGAAGACCUGCUGGAGAUGAAUCUGAAAGCUGAGAGACUGCUGGACAGUCCGGACUCUGGUCUGCCUCCCAGCCCCAGUGUGAGUCCGAGCCCGUGGCUGAUCGGGGACAGGAGCACCGCCAGCUCCGUGUCUGAGGACGAGGGCAGAGCUGCGACUCCCGCUGCGGGUCCUCUUAAGCAUGUUAGAGGUGUCUCGCAAUUACACCCAUUUUCCUAUGGUGUGGGAAUUGAACUUGAUCCUCUGCCCCCAAAAGAAUUAAGAUACACAUCAUCAGUGCGCUAUGACUCGGAUCGCCACUACAUCCAGGAUGUGUGUUUGCAGCCCACAGGUUUGGGUCUGGAGUCGUACAGCCAGACCAUCAUAGCUGUCUCAGAGAGCACGUGGAGACGAUAUAAGACCCAGUUGGAGUUUGAACCCCGUCAGCGGGUACAGAGCUACCGGAGCACCACCAUUGUGUACCCCAAACAUGCCAGGACCCUGUACACCACACAGCUCAGCUAUGAUGGACGCAAGUUGGCCAAGCGCUUCCUGUCCAGUGUGGAACUAGAGGUGUCUGACUGUAAGGCCAAUCAAUGUUGAAGGAAGAGGGACUUUUUGGAGAAAUGCUAACAAAAUAUUCACGCCCAUUCUUAUUCACGAAAACCCAUGUUCACCAUUGAGGGUGGUGGAACUGGAUGGGUGAAAUUGCCAAACUAUGUAUGUUAAUGGUUUAAUUAGCAUGUUCGUUUUUAGAUGGAUGGAGUAUCAUGCAUCUGGAAGUUUGGAUGGGUUUUAAUGUUACUACAAUACAAAUGUAUAUUACAUAUCCUACGUAACAUUUGCAGCCCUGUUGGUUUUAAGAUUCUGCUCAGUGAUGUUGAUCCGUCACUUAUUGAAAGUUUUAUGGUAAUGUGGUAGUACUGUGCUCAGUAAAAGCACAGAAGAGCUGUAAGUGAAACAGGAAAGUGAUGAAAGAGAGUUGUUUUCAACCUUUUGUAAAAAGUUCCGUAUUUUGCAUAUGGGAGUGUCCACACUGGGUUGUUUUACUGAUGUCUAACAUCAAAAUCCAGAUAUUACAUGCCUCAAUAAUCUGUGGUGUGCAAAUGGUUUUCUUGAGUUGUGGAAUUUGUGAAAUGUUGCACCGUUAUGUAGGUGCGAACAGGUAUACGGAUGCCUGAAUCACAGUAUCCAAUAGUAUAGGUUAAAAGAGGUUGUUUAUGUCUACUACUGUAAGUUCACAUUUGGGCUUAACAUUUUUAAAAUUUUGUUUAGUGUCACUUCUCUUUUUUUUCUCCAUUACACUUCAUCUAUUCAGGUGUUUUAUUUUUUCAAACAUUUUACACCAAGAAUAUAAAACUGCUUUAUUUUGUUUUAUUUUGAAUAAAUUCUUGUAAAGCGCACUGCUGCAGUCAGACUGAGGAAGUUAAAGGCUUGUUCUGAAAGGAAGUAAACUCUUUUGAAUGUUUGUGCAAAUCUGAAUUGCAGAACUUGCAGACAGUAUCGUUGUUGUUUGCAGUGACUUUACCUGUUCUACAGCACUUCAGCUUAGUCA